UGAUCAUCAAAGCUUCACGCAAGCUCCCGGAGUUGAUACUCCUGCUUCUCCAGUUUCCCUAUCGGGCAAGCCUUUACGCACCUCUUGACAGUGACUAAAUCGUGUUGUCAUACCAAUUUCAUCCAUGGCUUCCUUAGUCGGAAUUUCCGUUGCCGCGCCGCACGCCCUUGCGGCGCCGUGUGCGGCGUCAUCUAAGGACGGAUCCUCUCUCGAAGCUCAGUCUCGCGUUCUCAAGGGAGGUGCGCGCCUCGCACACGCCAAGGUGGCUCGCCCAUCUCAGCGCCGAUCGCACUCCAAGACGUGCGUUGCGGCGUUCGACCCGACGACGCACUCGCGCGAGUCGACGCGCGCGGGCGACGCGCUGGAGAAGGUGAAGAACAUCCCGGACUUCGCGCCGGACGACAUCUUCGUGGCCAAGCUCAAGCCCCAGGAGGUCCUGCGCAACCUCUCCGUCGCUGAGCUGUACGAGCAGGCGAUCGCGCAGGAGGAGGGCAACUUCAUCGUGUCCACGGGCGCGCUGGCCACGUUGUCGGGGCAGAAGACCGGGCGGUCGCCCAAGGACAAGCGCGUCGUCAAGGAGAGGAACCACGCCGAGGACCUGUGGUGGGGCAAGGGGUCGCCCAACUACGAGAUGGACGAGUACACAUUCAUGGUGAACCGCGAGCGCGCCAUUGACUACCUCAACACUGUCGGCAAGGUGUACGUGCAGGACAUGCUCCUGGGGUGGGACCCCAAGCUGCAGAUCAAAGUGCGCAUCGUGUGCGCGCGUGCCUACCACGCGCUCUUCAUGCACAACAUGUGCAUCCGACCCACCCAGGAGCAGCUCGACAACUUCGGCGAGCCGGUGUUCACCAUCUACAACGCGGGGCACUUCCCCGUGAACCGCCUCAGCAAGUUCAUGACGAGCACCACGAGCGUGGACAUGGAUCUCAACCGCAUGGAGAUGGUCAUUCUGGGCACGGAGUAUGCCGGGGAGAUGAAGAAGGGGCUCUUCUCCCUCAUGAACUACCUCAUGCCCAAGCAGGGCGUACUCUCCCUGCACUCGGGAGCCAACGAGGGCAAGAACGGCGACGUCUCUCUCUUCUUCGGCCUCUCGGGCACGGGCAAGACCACCCUCUCCACCGACCCGCACCGCCUGCUGAUCGGCGACGACGAGCACACGUGGAGCGACGACGGGGUGGCGAACAUCGAGGGCGGGUGCUACGCCAAGUGCAUCAACCUAUCGCGCGAGAAGGAGCCCGACAUCUACAACGCCAUCCGGUUCGGCGCGGUGCUCGAGAACGUGGUGUUCGACGCGCAUACCAGAGUCGUGGACUACGACGAUGGGAGUAUCACGGAGAACACGCGGGCGUCGUACCCGAUCGAGUACAUCCCGAAUGCCAAGAUCCCCUGCACAGCCGGCCAUGCUACUAACGUGAUCCUGCUUACCUGCGACGCCUUCGGCGUGCUCCCUCCUGUGAGCAAGCUGACUCUGGAGCAGGCCAUGUACCACUUUAUCUCCGGCUACACCGCCAAGGUCGCUGGCACCGAGAUGGGCAUCACCGAGCCCGAGGCCACCUUCUCGGCGUGCUUCGGGGCAGCCUUCCUGAUGUGGCACCCGUACAAGUACGCCAAGCUGCUGGCGGACCGUAUGAAGCGCCACGGCACCACGGCGUGGCUGGUCAACACGGGGUGGACCGGCGGCAGCUACGGCGUGGGCAGCCGCAUGAGCAUCAAGAGCACGCGGGCCAUCAUCGAUGCGAUUCACGACGGGUCGUUGCUGAAGGAGGAGUUUGUGACCACGCCCGUGUUCGGCCUGCAAGUGCCCACCAAGUGCAACGGCGUUCCCACUGACGUGCUGCAGCCCGAGACCCUGUGGCCCGACAAGGCCAAGUACCAGGAGACCCUGGAGAAGCUCGGCGCGCUGUUUGUGAAAAACUUCACCAAAUUUGAGGAGUUUGACAUCGGCGGCGAGACCACGCGCAUCCCUGAUGAGGUGCUCGCUGCCGGGCCUGCUGUCACCAAGCAGCAGCUGGCUAGAGCCCUCAGGUAGAGGGGGGGCAGGAGGGCUUCCGGUGGGGUUGAAGCAUGAGGCAUCAGAGUGAAGCAUAGAUCAGUGGAGCUGGGCGGCGAGACCAUGCGCGCAUCCUGGGCGAGGUGCUGCACAACUGCAACUCAGGGUUCCACCCAGAGUAUGGUGUUCAAGCUUGCUGCUGCGCCAGCUGUGACCCAUCAGCGGGUACCUGGAGACGGCUACCAGGAACUGCGUAUUGGUUAUACGAAUGUCAGUGGUUGCUUAGGGAAGGAUGGGGAGGGUGAAGGAUAUGUGCCUUCAAUCUUGGGGGAUUGGUAGCUUCUUAUUUUCCACAGCCUAUAGUGCAAGCUGUGAUGCGUGUUUUCUGUUCAGAAAAUGAGAACACAAUCAGGGAGUUUUGGAAACUAUGCCCUAAGAGC